UUGCUUCACUUCGACGGAUUUUAAUUGUUAAUAUUUCAUCGUGUUAUGGUUCCAGAUUCAAGUUAAAAUCAAUCAGUCGACUCCUACAUUAUGGCGGUUACAAUAAAGUCAGCCAUUUCAAGCGUGAAAUGGGACAAGUUCGGUGAACACAUGCUACGCAUCUACACUGGAAUCUACGAACAUCUACAGUAUACAGAUUGCGAGCUGAUUCUCUCCGAUGGCCACCUGCGAGCCAGCCGAAUGGUGCUUGGAAUGGCUUCAUCAUUUUUUGAAAACAUCUUCCAAGCCACAGCUAAUCAACCGGUUUCUGGAACGGAUCCUUUAAAGGUGAUUAUUCCCGAUGUUACCGUCGGAAGCAUGCAGUGUGUUUUGCAGUUCAUCUACACGGGAGAGGUUAAACUUCGCGCAGAGGAUAUGUCCUUGUUUCUUGAUGCUUGCUACCUACUGCAAAUACGUGGAGUUAAUAGUAAUGAUGGCCGAGUACAGGGGGCGAGCAUCGUUGAUCAAAGUCCUGCAACGUUUGAACUGUCGGAUAAUGUUACACAAAAAUCUACAUCCAGCUCGACCUCGUACCUCAUGUCCGUGGUGCAUUCGGAUGCUGCAGACAGAAGCGUGCUGGAGGUGGAACAAAAUCAAGCAUUCGGUUCGUCAAUUGAGCAGAUUGUCUUUCAAGGAACCGUGGUUAGGGAAGUGCAUGAAGAUUCCUUUCAAAACAUCAAGGAUCAUGCUGUUGAGGACCAAUCUUGUGCUGAAUAUUAUGAUUUAACCGAAGACGAUGGACCACAGCAGGAUGGCGCUGACGAUGCAACAGAUGAGCAACCUUUCGAUGAAACGGUAAACCUAUCCUGCAUUGAAAAGUUUAUGACGGACGAACUGGAGGACAUGGAAACCGCUAAAGCAGACUCGGGCACGGUGGACAAGGAGUCAUGCAAAGACAAGGAAUCCACUGCGUUAAGUUACGCUGAACGUUUGGAAAAGGCGGUCGAUGCUGUCGUUAACUCUGGCGCUAGUUUUCGGCAAGCAGCGGUGACCUACAAUAUCCCAAAAACAGUCCUGUGGCGCAAAACGGUGAAAAUCGCUCGGCCAGCCAAACCACACCAGUACGAGUUUCCCAGUCCACGGCGUGAAGCGAUGGAAGCCAUAAAGGCCGGAGAAAAGCUACUGAAUGUGAGCCGGCGAUUUGACAUUCCCAUCUCGACACUGCACCGUGACAAGAUCCGUUUGUACAGCGAGGGAGAGUUACCGGACACGGUUGCGUUGAAGCAGCGCGAUAAGGGCGACACGUUUAAGCAGCGGGUCAUCGAGGCCGCACAGAAGUGCCUGUCGGGCAGUAUGUCGUUGUCCGAGGCGGCCAGAAAAUACUCCCUUCCGAAGACCACCAUUUGGAGGAAGAUUGGGUUGUUAAAGGAGGAACCUCUACCUGCCAAUGAAGGAUCGCAGAAACGUGGUCGUGCAAAAGCCGGCGGUAAAUCGGGCACAAGCAAAAGAAAUUCGAGCGAAAGUUACAACGCAGGUAAAACGAACGUUGAUGCGGGUGAUGAAACAACAAAAUCUAAGGUACAACACAACACUUAUGUAUUUAUGUGAUCAUCACUAAUUUCGAC